CACAAUAAAAUGGGGUCGUCGACUAGGGUUUCUCACACAAUCACCAUUCUGUGUUCUCUAUCUACAAAAUCACUUUCUCUCUCUAAACUGAAUAAUUUACUCAGUUUAGAUCAAUUGUAUGCGAGGUUCUUGAUUCGUUUGAAUUGCAUCGACUGAGAAAUGCCCACUACGGACUGUCAGGGUUCGUCUGCAUCGUUCAAUCAUAUUGGCCGUUCGAUUCUGAGCCUCCGCCGGGAACAAAUUUAUUCCAUGGAAGUCGCCGGGAGUCAUGAUGUAGAGCUUGAGGCAUUCCAGAAGAAUGUCGCUGAACGAUUUGGGGACCUAUCCUCCGCCGGGAACGAUGAUCUGUUAACUAUUGCGUGGGUAAGGAAGCUGCUUGAUGUGUUCCUCUGCUGUCAGGAGGAGUUUCGGGUAAUUCUAUUCAAUAAUAGUUCAAUUGUUGGGAAAUCACCAGCUGAUCGUCUCGUCGCAGAGUUUUUUGAGCGGAGUGUAAAGGCGUUAGAUGUAUGUAAUGCGAUCAGGGACGGUAUUGAGCAGAUCAGGCAGUGGCAGAAGCUUCUGGAGAUUGUGCUUUGCGCUCUUGAUAACAAUCGAAGUCUCGGUGAGGCCCAGUUUCGCCGUGCUAAGAAGGCUCUGAUUGAUUUAGCAAUCGCAUUGCUCGACGAGAAGGACUACGGCACAGCACUGGCCCACCGGAAUCGGUCCUUCGGUCGCAACAACGCAUCUCCCAAGGAUCACCUCCGGCGAAUCGGUCACUUCAGGUCUUUGUCGUGGAGCGUUUCAAGGUCCUGGUCUGCUGCGAGGCAGCUCCAGGCAAUUGGGAACAAUUUAACGGCCCCCAGAGGAAAUGAAAUUGUAGCGACCAAUGGACUCGCGGUGGCUUUUUUCACGAUGAGCUCGGUUUUGUUGUUUGUAAUGUGGGCUUUAGUGGCUGCAAUUCCGUGCCAAGACCGUGGCUUGCACGUUCAUUUCUUGAUUCCUCGGCAGUUCAUGUGGGCCGCACCUAUCCUUUCGCUGCACGAGAGGAUUUUGGAGUCGUCCAAGAAGAGGGAGAGGAGGAAUGCUUGUGGGUUGUUAAAGGAGGUUCAUCAGAUUGAUAGGUGUGCACGGUUUAUGAAUGAAUUGGUGGAUUCUGUGCAGUUUCCAUUGACAGAAGAGAAGGAAAGAGAGGCCAGGCAGAGAGUGCAGGAGUUGGCGCUGGUUUUCGAGGCUGUAAAGGAGGGUUUGGAUCCAUUGGAACGCCAAGUGAGGGAGGUGUUUCAUAGAAUUGUGCGUAGCCGAACUGAGGGGCUCGACUCUUUUGGAAGAGCAGACCAUAACGAGUAAUAAGUCAUUGGGCAGCUGAUUGUGUGCAUCAAUUUGAUGCAUAGAAAUGCCGCUGAUUAUAGUUUCAAGCUGUGACGGAAAUAAAAAAAAGAUAACUUUCUGUGUAUUCAGUAAUCAGCAUAUAGUAGUGUAUAGUACUUCUGGUAGGACUUGAAAUUGGACCUUGGCAGUCCUAAGUGCUGAUGUCCCAGCUUCUUGUUUUUUGUACAAUUGAAAUUCCUUGGUAAACUGCAUAAUCUGGUAUUGUAAUUGAUUCAGUUGAUGAUUGUUUUUGGUUUGCAUAAUACUUGAUUCCAA